AUGCUUGAUCAGAUCUUGCUCAAACUAGAGGAAAUACUCAAAUCUACCAAACAUAUUAACAACAUUGAAUCAGCGCUGUUCUUGGGUCAUUUCCAAAGAGAAACCAACAAUCAGUAUUUCAAAAUCAUUUACAAGUAUUUCAAAGACAACGGAUUCUCAGUGGAGGAUAUCUGUAGCAAGUCAAGACAGCUCAUGAAAGAUAUUGUCGAUAUGAAACAAGUGGAGAUCAAUGACAUUCUUCAGAGAAUCAUUUCAUUGCGUCAAGUCAAUAAUAUCGAUGAGAUCAAAUCUAUCUAUGAUCAUUUCUAUCCUGGAAAGUUUAUGGGUGAUAUGGUUGGUCAUAUUCUCAACUAUUGGACACGUGUAACUUCUGUUUUUGGUAUCGAAAAGAAUCUUGAAAUCCUUGAGAGAUUCAUGCAAAUUUCACAACACUACAUUACAAUUCCCAACUUUAACAACAAUCUCAAAGAAAUCAAGAGUAUAAUCAAGGUAUUCAAGGAGGAAAAGCAAACGAGUGUCUCCGAUCGAGACAAAUUCUUUAGUGACAUGCAAAAGCAUUUGGGAGAACUAGAUUACAACCAGCUGGAAGUGUUUGGUCAUAUCCCCGUCGAAUUGGUAGAGUUCUACUCGCAAUUCAAAUCGCGUAAUGCUUUUGAUAGCAAGAAUUCAAUUAUCACCAAUAAUCUUGUGAAUGACAGUUUGAACAAUGCUCUCCAUUCGAAAACCAUCUCUGUAUAUAAUUAUCUCGAACCAUUCAUCGUAUGCUAUCUUAACAAAGAUAAACCAAUCAAUCCAAACGGUCCAAAUCCUGGAAAAUACACAAAUCUCAGUGAGUUUUGUCUUGCGGUUUCCAGAGUGAUUCCAAAAGACCAGCGACUCUUACUUGAAUGCACCAAUAAGCUAGGAUCAGUUUGUACCAAUUUGCAGAAUAUUGCUGGAUUGUAUGCUACUUCCGGUGGUGUACAUGGACUUCAAUCCAACAUGAAGACGAUCGCCAAUGUCUCGAAAUCUUCACAGUUCAUAUCUUAUACCUCGAAAAACAAAGACAAUUUGCCUGGCUGGUCGCUCAAAGAUGGUCUUACCAACCAGACAUUUGGACAGGAAAAGAUUGAGGAUAUGGAUCAAGGAAUCAAGUUUAAUAGUGACAGGACCAAGGGUGAGGAAAACAAAAUCUCAGAAGAGAACAAAGCAAAUAUGAAAUUGUUCACUUACAUGGUGCAGCUAUUGAGAGAUAUCCACAAGCUUCAUUGUGAAUUGGAUGAACUCUAUCAUCAUGAAUAUUUCAAUGGUACGGUUAAAAUCGAUAUUCAAAAUAAUAGUUUAGAUAGUUUGGAAAAGAAAAAGUCCAAGUUAGUUAGAGAUAUUAACAAUUGGAAAGAAUCAAUCAAUAAGUUACCAUAUGAGCUUUGGUUACUUCGAUCACAUGGAUUAUCUUCAUUGAUUUACAAGUUUAAUGAUUAUAAAACGAAUUUGAAAGAAACAGAAGUACAUAUUGGAGAAUUAUCUAGAAUAUUGAUUCCCUAUAUCAAAUAUUCAUUCCCAUCCAUCACCGAAGUGAAUCUCUUAACAUUGAUGAGAGACAAUCCAAUGCUUUUCGAAGAGAAACCAAUGCCAAACUACCAACAAUUCUUUGACAAUCUAAUUAAACUCAUUAGGAUAUCCAAACCAAAUGUAUUCAGAAUGGUUGAUAGUGAAGAAAAAGAACCAUACUUGUUGACUGGAAUUGAGAGAAGCGAUGUAUUGAAUGUUAUUACACAGUUAAAUAACUUUAGGAUUCCUCAUCCAUCUCAGGUGUUUUAUGCUGAAAAAUUUGAAGUCGAUCACAAGUAUUUCUUUGAUAUUUCAGAGAGAUUUCAAGGAUCCGUUCUUUUCCUCAUUGGAAUACCAGAUGACAAAAAGAUUCUCAUUGAUUGGCUUUCCAAACACCAUUGUCAACAAACCAGAUCUCAACUCAACAGAGUCUAUAUCAUUUCUCUUAGCUUGAGUGAUGGUCAUGGAUUGUUCUACCAUCCAUUGACAAACCACUAUGAUUCACAAUUGAAAGAUUCAUGGUCGAACAUCAAAUCUGAAUGGACUAAAUCAAAGUCAAUCAAUUCUUUGAAUUUGGUUUUCGGAGCUAGUGGAACUGGUAAAUCAUACUACAUCAAAGAUCUUAAACAACAAUAUAUCCUACCUGAAAACAGGGGAAUACAAUGUUCAAAGACAAUAUCUAUUCGACCUGGAUUCGAACCGAAAUCACUCAUCGAUAUUCUUCUAUCAGUUCCAAAAAAUGUCAAAUUCCUCAUUCACUUUAAUGUUUCACCAUAUACCGAUUUCAACAGUUUCGAUCGAUUCAUCUAUCCUCUGAUAACCUAUGGAUUCAUCAUUGGAAAUCAAGUCGGUGAAGUAUAUCAUGUUCCAGAGUCAAUUAAAUUGGAUAUCUAUAUUGAAUUGGGUGAUCCUUUGAAAGAAUCGAAUUUCAAAGAUCGAGCAGACUACCCGAAACAAUCGAUUUCCUACAUUUACAAACUGUCGGAUAUCAAGAGUUAUGACACAGCAAGAUGGUUGACAACAGACAAAGUGGAAGAGAAAUGUUUCAAAGCUGCUGAUACUCAUGAUAUCAAUAGCUAUUUGAACCACAUCACUCAAGUAGUCAGAGUAAAGGAGCCAGACUAUAAUGUAAAAUUCCAGAGCAAGUAUCAAGUGACCAAUUUCCUUAGAUCCGUUCUCGAUCGUCUGGAUUUCUUGGAUAACUAUAAAGUACUAUACAAAUUUUUAAGUCAAUUUAGUAAUCCUGAAUCGAUGUUAAUGUUAUCACCAGAAGAUCUCUAUCGUAUUUUCGUAUGGGAAUCAUACAAGCUAUCCGAUCCUCUGUAUUCAUCCAAUAAGAACGUUCAAAAGAAACCUCCAUUGAUUUCAACCCGUUAUGUUGAGCAACUACCGCCUGAACCAGAUUCUUGUCCAGUGAUUGCUCAGAUUGGGUUCGUCGACUUCUCAGAGAAAAAAUCGGUUUUAGAAGGAAAGGUAGCUUCUCUUAUCACAAAGGAGAAAGCAUUGGCCGAUCCAAUGUCUUUUAAGGCAUCGGUUUGCACAACAUUUGGAAUUGCUUCGAGAACCUAUCUCAUCAAUGAAUUGUGUCAAAAGUACAGCUUUGUUAUGACACCGGAUUUCGGAUUACGACUUAUGAUUCUUCACAACAAAAUCAAGAAUCAGCGAUCAUUGGUUUUAACUGGUGACACUGGUGUUGGAAAGACAUUCAUUCUCAUCUUUUAUUCUUUGAUGGUCAAUACCAGUAACAAUGCAAUUCCUUCAAUCCAAUAUGAAAUCAAAGAAACCAUAAACAAAUGUGUGGAUAGAAUCAAUUUGGAAAUUAAAUCGGCAAAUUCACUUAGUGUUAGGACUGCAACUACUUUGGGUGCAACACUUCGAAUGAAUAAUGUUGAAUCUUUGAGAGGCAAUGACAUCACUCUCGAUCAAAUGAAAGAUAAGAUCAAUGAAUUGUAUAGUCUACGUAUAAAUGGUCAGACAGAACAACUAUUCCAAACUCGUCGUGCCAAUUUGACAUCGGAUAUUCAAUCGACUAUUAGAAGACUAUUGAAAGAUCAUCCUUUGAUCGAAACCAAAAACAAAGAUAGUUUAUUGUACAAGAUUAGAUCGACAUCGGCAGAAACUAUCGAUAGUUUGGAAAAAAUGAUCGCGGCAAUCGAUCAGAUCUCCAAUACUAUAUUCAGAUCAUUGUUCCAUCGUAUUAUUAUGCAUCAGCGUUACACUGCCAAGGAAUUCAAGAUUCAAAUAUUGAGAAUCGUCCAAGAUAUAAAGGAAAUAAUAAAACUCGAGAACAUCGAUAGGAAUAUCAAGAUGGUUGUAUUCAUCGAUGAAUUCAAUACAGCACCGAGAGAUACACUGGCUUUGAUCAACGAGAUCUUUGUUGAUGGAACAUUGGAUGGUGAGGAUAGUAUUCCACAAAACAUAUUUUGGAUUGGUGCGAUGAAUCCAAAGAAGAUUUCGACAUCUCAAUCGAUUGAUCACACCGGACAAUCAACUUCCACCACGACUUUAGAUUUCAUUGUAAACGACCCACCACCUUCAAUGGAAAAGUUGUUCUUGCGAUAUGGAAAAUUCAGAAAAGAACAUGAAGAACCAUUUUUGGAGAAUCUUUUCAAAUUAAAGAGUACAAUCUGUCAGUACCCCGAAGAAUUGAAACAGUUUAUCAUUCUUGGACAAGAUGCACUCCGUCAAGCCAAAGAGGGAAGAGUUCAUAUGAGUAUCAGAGAUAUCAUUAGAACGAUCGAUCUCUACAAGUUCUUCAUGUCAACCAUUGGAAGAUCAAUGAUUGGUUGUUCAUUCCCAAAUGAUUCAAUCGAGGAAUCCGAUAUUCUUGUUCAAACGAAACUACAGUUACCAAUUGCUAUCGAUGAUUACUCACACCAUUGGUUGGCCAUGAUAACUUCAAUGGCAUUGAGUUAUUAUCUUAGAGUCGGCAAAGAAAAGAGACCGGAGAUUCAAAUCGCUUUCCAAAAGUUUAUCAACGACACUUGCAAACUCAAAUUCAAAUUCGAUUUCAAUUUGACCUUUAAAGAGAUAUAUUCAUCAUUCUGUCAGAAAGAAUACACAUUGCUACCACCUGGAAUUGCACUGACAGAAUCAUUACAGUUGAAUAUAUUCUUCAAUGUUGUUGCCAUCAAUUGUAUGAUUCCACUUUGUAUUGUUGGUCCACCUGGUUGCUCUAAAACACUCAGUUUCUCAAUUGUCGUGGAUAACCUCAAACUCAACAAGAUCAAUGUCAAGACACCGUGGGCAUUGAUGCCAAGAGUAGAUCAAUUCCACUAUCAAUGCACUCCACAUACAACCGACAUUGAAAUCAAACAGAGAUUCGAACAAGCUUUGAACAGACAGCGUGGUUACGACACUGAACAAAACAACACAAGAUGCAUUGUAUUCUUGGAUGAAGCUGGUUUGGUCAAUGAAGAAGAAUCUCCAAUGAAAGUAAUGCAUGACUAUCUCGAUAAAGUCGACCAGAAACAACAGAUUCAAUCAACUGACAUUGCAAUUGUAAUCCUUUCCAAUAAGAUUCUUGAUGCUGCUAAAACCAAUCGUACUCUUCAAUUGGUUCAUUCGAGUAUCAUCGACAAAGAAGACGAGAGAGCAUUGGUGAAGGGAUGUCUUUUCAACAAUGAGAAACUUGAAUAUUCUGACUUGCUGAUUGUCAAAGCGAUGUGCAAGUCAUAUCGUCGAGUCAAUGAAUUCACAGAUGACACCAAGAAGAAUCUAUUCCAUCAACGUGACUUUGUCUAUUUCCUCAGACAUCUUUCCAAGCUGAGAUCGAAAACCUCAUCGAUGACACCAGAGAUCGUUUUGGAAGCUCUCGAAAGAAACUUUGGUGGAAUACAUCCACACAAGUUUAAAGAACUGGCAAAGGUAUUCUUUGUGAAUCUUGGUUUUGAAUUGCCCAAUCAAUUGGCAUUGCUCGAACAAGACAACACCAUUGACAGAAUCAAACAGUCAUUGGCUGACAAAUUCGAUAUCAAAGUGAAUCCAAAUACAACGGCAUUCCGUUACAUGAUGCUGUUGGAUCCAACCGAAAAUGAAACCUCUAUAAUGAUUCUCAAUCAAAUGGGUGUCGAACACACUGUCAUCAGAGUUGGUGGAUUUGAUGAGGACAACAGUAAAGAAUCACUGGUUAAAGUUGUCUCACAAAUCAAGAAUCAUAUGAGCACUGGAAAGAAUGUUGUUCUUGUCAACAGUCAAUCGAUUGACGCUUGUUUCUACGAGGUAUUCAACAAGUAUUUCACAAUUAUCUCGGAUGAAACUCAUUUCUUGGCAAAUGUUAGUUUUGGAAACCAUUCGAAUCACACUCAAGUUCACCCAGAUUUCAAGGUAAUCAUUCAUGUGCCAAUUUCGAGAUUGGAUCAAACUCAGUUGCCGUGGUUGAAUCGAUUCGAGAAGUACAGAUUAUCCAUUGAUAAUUUGAUGAAUAGUAAACUUCAAAAUAGACCAGAUCUUCAAGAUGACACCAAGAAGAUAAGGGAAAAUGCCAAUCAUUUUGUUAAUACAUUCCACAUCCAGAAAUCAUUAUUGGCAGGUUUCUCUGAUUCCGAAACUAUUCCAUCGAUUCUUUAUUCAAUGAUAAAGAAUUCCAUAGAAAGAAAUGAACCAAUGAAGAUCGAUCCACACAGAAUCAUCAUUAAAGAUCUUUCUAUUAAUGAUAAGUUCAUUCUCUCCAAGGAAAGUAACUCCAUUUUCAAAAGAUUCAAUUCAAAGUUACUACAAAUUGCAAGACCAGAGACCAUCUACAAUAGUAACUUGCCAAGACAAUAUGUUGAAGAAUAUUUACUUCGUCAAGAUCAUUUCAACACAUUGCGAUUCCUUCAGAAUCUAAUUAAAAGGACGUUUAACAACGAUGAUGCUCAAGAUGAUAAUGAAUCGAUUUCAAACAAAUGGAUCAUCUACACUAGAACAUCGCCAUCACUUCAUCGUCUGGAUGAUUCAACCGUUGACUUUAAAAAGCUGUUGCUAAAGUUCUUACCUUCUGAAAACAAUCAACUUGUUUGCCAAUCAAUCAAAAUCAUUCAGUUGAACAAAUUGAAAUCAACUGAAGAUUGUUCCCAAGAGUUUAACAAAUUCAUUGACAAUCAGGACGGUAGAAUCUGUAUUGUGAUUGCAGAUAUGUCAAUUAUUAAUCAACAUCAAAUCAACUAUGUUGUUGGAAUGCUCAACAAAGUCAACAAGACUGACAAACUGUUGGUGACAAUCUGCCAUUACCCACCGGAAUCAUCUAUCUCUGGACAAUUCAAAUUGAAUUCAAUCUUCUUGAACGAUCUUGAAUUUGUUUAUAUCGAUUCGAUUGGUGUUAAACUUGAAUCAUCGCAAUCGGAAGAUCCAUCUAAACAAAUCGAUACCGACAUUAGAAAAUGGGUUGCCAAAACCUAUGGACUAAGACCAGUCGAUGUAGAUGACUAUUCAUUGAAACAGACAUUCGAAGAGAUGUUCUAUGCUCAUCUCAAUGAAGUAUCUCGAACAUCCAACGUCAUCCUCACCAAAUAUCAAUAUAGCAAUGAAUUGGAGCGUCAGUUCUACACCGAUAAUGAAAUUAGACCAAAGUUGAUUGAAAAACUAUUCAAAAAACACUCUGGAUGGUUCGAACUUAUUAUUAGAUCAUUCGAAGAUAAAUGGGACAAGAAAGAUCAAUUCAAUACAAUCAUCUCUGGAAUUUGCAAUCUUAUUCUCACUGGUAAACUUCCAGGCCUAUCGAUUCUCGAUGCAAUCAAGAGUUCACUUAGCUCUCACUUCUAUCCAGUGGUUUCCAAUGUUUUCAAACAUCUAUUCAACCAUCUACAAUUCUCGAUGAUCAACUCCAUAGUUGAUAAUUCCCCAGAGGAUAAAUUGAUCAAACUAUUCCUUGAAAGUAUCAAUAUCCCAGAGAAUGUAAGAAUUGAAGAGAGAUACGAAUCAAUUCAACUGUCACUUCCAGAGAACAUAUCGAAGGGACCAUACUCAAUUCCAUUGUUCGAUACCAUUUAUUCAUCGAUAAGCAAUGUAUUGGAAUAUACCUUGAAGAAUAGCGAGAAGCAUCGUAACAAUAGUGUUGAUUCAAUUCUCAGCUCCAUGAAGAAACAUUUGGAAUCUGGACAUCCAAUGAAACCAUUGAUUGACCACAUCGAUUCAAAUCCAGAACUCUUCCAAUCAUUCGUCAAUGAUUAUAUUACAAGAGUACUCAACUAUGAUAAAGAAUGGAUAACAUUCUUCAGAAACAUUGUCGAGACAAAAGACAAGAAAUCGGAAACCAUUCUACUCUAUCCAAUCAAAUUCCAUGUCGAUAAGGAGCAUAUCAGGUUUAUCAAACAUCUCAUUUCACCAUUGGUUAAACUUGAUCGUUCGAUUCUCCCGACUUUCGAAGAGAUGUCUUAUCCCAAGGACAUUAAAAUUAUCAAAGAAAAGUUGGCAAAGAAGAGUGUCGAAUUUCUAUCACUAUUUAUUGUUGAACAAGCAACCAAAUCAGAAUCAAUCAUUCUUUGGUGUUCAGUUACUAGGGAGAUUUUCAAUAGAAUCGAUUUCGAAUCGUUGUUUGUAACAUUGAAAUGCAACAGUAAAAUGGUUCAACUUUAUUGUAUCUAUCAAUUUUUAGUGCAAUGCUCACACGUCGAUGAAAAGCAGUCGGAAUCAUUCAUCUCAUCACACGGAUUGAUCUUGUUGGAAUGUGAGAAUUUCGAUACCACCGAUAUAUUAGAGUUAAUCAAUGCAUUCGAUGCCCUCAACCUAUCGAUUCAACAAUACAAUAUAUCAACAAAAUUUGGUCAACAACCAAUUCCAACCAUUCCACUUACCUGCCUCAAUGACACUAUUGAAUCACUUAUCACCUCGAAGACUGCAAACAUUGAAUCAUUCCUAAAGAUUUGUGAUGCAAAGAUGCAUCCAAAACAAUUUUCGUUUGGAUAUUGCACCAAUAUACUUCAACAUAUUCUCAAUCUUGUAACCAAGGCAGAAUUGGUGGAAGACUAUAUAAAUAACGAUCAGAACAAUAUUAGUUUCAGAUUCAAUCCUAUCAUUCGUAAUCUUUGUAAAACUUCACUGCCUACAAUGAAAUUUUUAGACAUUCCUCCAAGUCAAAUCAAUCAAAUCAACACCAACUCUCCAUUGGCUGAAAUGGUAUUCCAUUGUCUAUAUGAUAAUAUUAAGAAAUCAGAUGAUUUCAAACAAGAUCUUUUACUAUUAGAAAAGAUUGAAGAAUUGGAAAGUAACAGUAUAUUCUCCAACAUCAAGUGCGAUGUAUACUUCACUUUGCUACUUGAGAAAUUCGCCAGUCUCAUCAACGAAGCAAAGAAACCAGAGAUUGUUUUCAAAUUCUUGGAUUCCAAUCCACUCUAUGCUUCAUACAUCAAAUCACAGUUGGAAGUAAUCGAAAGCGAAUCUCCAACCAAGUAUAAAAUGAAUCAAGUCUACUUGCUAAACAAGAUCGAAAAGGAAGAAGAUCUUAUCAACACAUUGAAAUCACCGCAAUUGUUGAAAGCCAUUGGAAUGGAAGAACUUUUAAUUCGCGAGGAUAUCACCAUUAAGCAGCUGUCACAAAUGCCUUUCACAAUCGAUAAUUCAGAGGAUGGAAAAGCCUACAUAAAUCUCUACAAUGCUAUUGAAAAGAAAUCCAGUAAAGAUAUUGAACUAAUGGUCGUGCAAUGUGCUAAUCCAGUUGAUUUCGGAUUCUUCCGAUUGUCACUGUUCUUGAUCGCAUACCAAUUCUACUCUGAAGGUAAACCAACUGAUUUCAUAUCAUCAUUGUUGUCCCCACAUUUUUGUGAUAGAAUAAGCCUCACUCCUUUCAAACCAAUCUUCAACAAGAUCCUUUCGAAGCAAUUUGGAAAUACCAAGUUUGACGAAAUUCUAAAGAAUGCUAAAAAGACACAGGAUACCAAUGCCAUGGCUAAUAUGAUGGUAAAUUUCAUCGCAGUCUCUAUUGGUUGUUCAAACAAAUGUUACCUCUACAACAUUUUCAGAGAUCCUCUCUCAAUUGUUGUUCGACCAUAUCCCGCCAACGAAGGUGCCUUCAAAGACUGUGGAAUGAGAUAUCGUGAGAGUGGAAGAGCAGUCGGAGAUGACCGACUCCAAACAUCGUCGAUGGGUGGUAAUCUUUUGAACAAGUUCCUGAUUAGCAGUACUACUUGGGGUGCAUUCAGUUGGACUGUAUCGGUAUGCGAUUCCUCUAUGUACCAAAGAAUAAGAAACUCUGGAUUUGUAAUCAACGAUAACAACAACACGCAAGAGACACUGACAGACUAUGUGAACACUCGUUCACUGACCUCGAUUUCCGAGUUUAUGAGAAAUCAACAGAUGAAAGAUCAACAUGUUGAACCCGCUCAUUUCAUGUCUGAGCUACUCUAUUUGAUAUGGAAGGAUUCAUUCAAUGCUAAUUCAAUCCAGUUCAACCAAAGUGCUGUUCCAGCCUACGAAGCCUAUCUCUCAUCACUUAUUCAACUCGUUUGGAAUCGCUAUCCACAGAUGAAAUCAAGUAAAAUAGAGUUAGCAGAGAGACAAUCUAGUCAUUUGGGAUCUAUUUCAUUGAUUAGAAAUGACUAUAGCAAACUGUUCCCAUCGCCAAUCUACGAUAUGGAGUUUAUCAAUAGCAUCAUCACCAAUCAGACAUCUUUCAAACUGUUGCAGUUGUUCACUGUAAAAUCAGAGAUGAUCGGUUUGUCACUUCAUUUCCCAGCACUGAUUAGAUUCCUCCAGGUAUUCUACAAACUCUUUAACUAUCGACUUUCGCCAGAGUAUAUCAAUAUGACAAUUCCACAAUGUAUUGAUUACCUCAAAGAAAAUUUCUCAGAGACAAGUGACACUAUUGAAACUAUCGAUGAAACUUGGUAUUCCUUGAAAGUUGCGUGGUCAAAGAUAACCGAUCAUCUUAAGACAAUGGAAGGAGGAUGCAAUAGAACACCGGAAUACGAAAAGAUCAUCGAUACAAUUGACGAUUCAACUCUUUUGAUUCAGCUGAUAAAGGAUGAUUCGACCAAUAGCAAUGGUAUGAUAAUCGAUCUCAUCAACAAUUGGAUCACUACAACUCAGGUGAAAGCGAUGUUGCUAAAAGAUCAAAUCGGUCAUGAAACAAUCUUUGAUACAAUUGUAAACAAUGAUUUCGAAGAAUCAGAUCUGGAGACUGUUCCUUUUGACUUUGGAUCGAACUACCUGCUAAUUGGUUCAAACUUUGAGCUGUAUACAUUCAGCAAUUUCCUUCAGAGACAGAUUUCACACUAUCAAACAUUCGAUAGAAGUAAAUUCAAACCCGAUUUCCAAUCGAUUGAAAACAAAUUGAUUUGUAAUUUCCUCGCUGGCAAAGUCAUUGGAAAUCAGAUGAAAUCCUAUCAGACACCAUUCCAAUUCGCAACUAAACGUCAACACAAUGAAGAUAUCAGCUCGCUGGUAUUCGACCAAUUCUCCACUGUCGUUGUCAAGGAGCUUUGGAAAUUGAAACACGAGAUCCCAAAGAAUAUGACCAUAAAGCUGUUAAACCACUUCAAGAUUCCAUUCAAAAGUGAAUGUAGAUCUAAACUCUUACAUUCAGACUAUGAGAAGUUGUGUAGCUAUCUCACUCGUGUUAUCUCUCAUGUGUUGAACAACAAAGAUGGAUCGAUCGAUACCACUAUAACAAUCUACGAAUUCUCAGUGAAGAGAGGUAUCAUUAUCAACAAUACACGUGACAUUCAUCAGUCCACCUCUAACCAUCUCAGAAGAAUCCAAUUGCAGCAUCUCGAAGAUGUUGUCAGUGUUGUUACCGAGAGUUAUCUUGCACGUGAAUAUCUCUAUUCCAAUGUAAUGAAAGAACCAGAUCACUAUGAAACCAAAGUCUUUGACACUCUACUCGAGAAAUUGAAAUCUGAGAAAGCUUCGGAUAGAUGGAUUUCAUUCCUCAAGGAUUUCAUCAAUCAUCUAACCACUCUGGAAUGUCAAUCGGAAAUCAGAAGCCUUCAGCCAAACCAUUCACUCACGAACAUCGUUGUAAAAUAUACCAGAGAGAUUGCUAUACCAAUUCUUACCAACUUUAAGAAUCACUCUGAUUUCGUUCCAAACAAAUCGAAUCUCAACUGCUAUGCCAUCUUACUCAGAACAUUCCAUGAAGCACUCUCACCACUCUGUAUUAAAUCACAACAACAACUGAAUAACAAUAACAAAGAGGCUGGUUACAAAGAACUUCAUGGAGAGAAUGAUAAUGAUAGUGACGAGGCAGAUCAAUUGAUUAAGAAUGAAUUUAAAAAAUUGGAUUCCAAUGCCGAUGACGAAGACGAUCUGAAUGAUAUGUUGGAUGAAUUCACCAAGUUGAAUAGAGAUCAACACAACUGUAUUGAACCAAUCAAGAAUAGUAGAUUCGCACACUGUCUAUUCAAUUGGAUAAGAUUCAAACCACAGACAAUCGAUAUCCUACCAAAGUAUGCCAACCAAUUCCAAAAGUUCCAAUCGGAACAUGAUAAAGGCACCGAUGACAUCGAUAUCAGAGAAUUGUUCGGUCUUAUCUCAGAAGAGCUCUCACCAACCGUAAUCAAUGGCAAACAACCUGGUAAACUCCUAGUUGAAAUUCUCGAGACCAUUUCUCAGGUCAAUCCUCUGUUCCACUCUAUCAUCUCACAUCAAUGUAAGAAAUGUAAGUCUGAAAAGACACAACCAUCGAUUUUACAUUUGAUUUGCAGAAGUCUUGGAGAACAGAAAUUGGAAGGUCACAUUGAUAAUGCCAUAAUAGAAUUCAUGAAAUUUAAAUCCCAAACAUGUGACAAGUGUAAUACUAUCAUGGAAGUAGGAAAUUCAGAUAUCAAACUCGCAGAAGUACCCCAAUAUCUUUUCAUUGAUAUCGAUCGGUCUAAGUUGAAUGGUACAAAUAUCGAAGCAUGUCCAACUCUCCAACUUCGAAGUGACUGUUUCAAUGAAGUUUCCAAUAUCUUUUACGAGACUCAUAGUAUUUUGUAUCUUGAUAACAAAGACGAACCAAAUCUAUGGAUUAUCCAAGAUUCAUUGAAUUGUUCAACAACCGUCGAGAAUUUAGCAUUAGAGGAUACCUAUGGUAUCGAUUAUUCUAAAACACUACUUUAUAUUUACAAACUAUCAUCUUUAUAA